AUGAUAGCUGGGAUUCUAGACGAUGUCGGGAGGCUGAGGGAGCUCGAUAAUCUGAAGCUACUUAACGACAUCCACUCUAUUUCGCCUUCUGAAGGCCUCCCUCCACCCGGAAAGUUCCCUCCGAGGCAGAGGAUUCUGACACUAUCUGCUACAUUACUCGGUUGGGAGCAAAUGUCAGUAUUGGGGCUUCUCGAGAGUCUUGAGGUGCUUAAGCUGAAGGACAAUGCACUUGUGGGGCCAUGCUGGGAAGUUGUCGAGGCUGGUUUUCCUCUGCUGCAUUUCCUGCUGAUCGAGCACACGGAUUUAAUUAGCUCAAGGAGAUUACUUUACUCGGCUCACGUGACAUGUCUCACGCUUAGAAACUGUGAAGAACUAGAAGCUCUGCCUGAUGGACUGGCAGAUAUACCAAGACUUGAGGUGAUGAACUUGCACCGUACAAGCAAAAUGGCUGUCUCGUCUGCCAGGAAAAUUCAAGGGAUUUCUGAUCUCGUCAUUCAUCAACUAUAUGGAUGUAAGAGUCCCCCUGGUCUGAAUUUGAUGCAUAGCAAGGCCCAUUUUGUAGCAGUGCCUAAUAAUAAGGCAUUCGAGUGCCGGGAGGCAUCCAUACCUAUCAGCUACCAAGCACUUGAUAUCCAAGUCUUCCAGCAGCAAAAAUCGGAAAGACGGAGUUACCAAGGGAAUGCCAUGAGAGGCAAGACCACGUCUCACGAGAACACAUUUGAACGACUCAAACUCAUCAUAAAGAUGUGCAAAAUCACCGAAAGGAUUGAAGAUCUCAGACGUGCCGGGUGGCGGCUCGAUUCUUAUUCCAACUUUUGCCAGCUUGGGCAUCCUAGCAAGCACUCCAUGCGUGCAACUGUGGGCGCUCACGCCCGAAAGCGUGACAAGGUUUUCGAGGAGAAACGAACCAUCUAG